CUGAAGAUGCCGGUAAAAAAAAAUCUAUGGCGCACGGCGCCUUUAUAAAUGCCUACAAAUCCAAACCACUUGUUGCUUGUUGCACGAAGGACGCCGGUGAAAGCAGCGCGCGCUUGAGCCAAAGACAGUGUGUGUGUGUGUGUGUGUGUGUGUGAGUGUGUGCGUGCGUGCGCGCGCUGUGGGAUUUUAUCAGGAUCGUGAGAGUGCAUGAUGAAUUCCGUGGACGCGCAGCUCCACCACGGCUCUGUCUCAUCCGUGAGUCCACUCCAGCAGCACAAGAACGCGCACGACGCUCCCGAGAUGGCGGUGUACUGCGAGAACUUUGUCUACCACCAGCAGAGUGUGGCGAGCGCGCAAAGGCCAGCCGGUUACGGCCUCGGCGAGUACGCAGCCACCCCGAACCCUUACCUCUGGCUCAACGGCCCUGGAGUCAAUUCCUCCCCGUCUUACUUACACGGCAACAGCAGUCCUUCGUUUAUAGCUCCGUCCUACGGCUCUCAGAGGCAGUACCUCGCUAACUCACCUGGGUUCGCGGGGCCCGACCUCGGCUGGCUCUCAAUCGCAAGUCAGGAGGAGCUGCUGAAGCUGGUGCGCCCACCCUACUCUUACUCUGCUCUCAUCGCCAUGGCCAUCCAAAACGCGCACGAGAAGAAACUCACGCUGAGUCAAAUCUACCAGUACGUGGCGGACAAUUUCCCGUUUUAUAAGAAGAGCAAGGCGGGCUGGCAGAACUCCAUCAGGCACAACCUCUCCCUGAACGACUGCUUCAAGAAAGUCCCGCGCGAUGAGGAUGAUCCAGGAAAAGGAAACUAUUGGACUUUGGACCCCAAUUGCGAAAAAAUGUUUGACAACGGAAACUUUCGCCGGAAAAGAAAGCGCAGGUUGGAGUCAGGUACUGGGCAUUCCAGCGAUGCCAAACCUGAGGACGAGCGACCGGUUGCUGCAGGUGUUAAGUCCUCCGAGAACGCGCACCUCGGCGAGGCUGUGUCUCCGGAAAUGGAAAUAGACACAACAACCAAUGAGAGCCAUAGAAGUGGGUCUCCUUCAUCUGCUCAAUCAUCAGCGCCUUGCUUCAACAGCUUCUUCAGCACCAUGUCCGGAAUGAGCUCGGCUCCAGGCCCCGCGGUUAGACAGGGCUCCCUGGGGCUCAUCAGUGAGCUGACCAGUCGGAACAUAAGCGCUCUGAGCCCGUAUCACGGAGCUGCUGCGACCAACUCUGCGCCACCCGGGGAGCAAAAUGAGCACCCCGUGCACUCGAACCGCCCCACGUACUCAAGCGCGUUCGGCGGCGCUCAGAACGCGCAGUACAACGGCCACUUCUACAACAGUUUCAGCGUGAACAGUCUUAUAUACCAGAGAGAGAGCAUGGAGUUAUAACUAAAGGAUGUCCUCAGGGUGCCUUAGGCCAGCUCUGAAUCUGACUGUUUUUUUCAAGACAUUUCUUUACAUGAAAUGAAAUAAACAAUAUAUGCAGAACACAAA